AUUCUCAAUUGUGUCAAUAAUGUCAGUUUGAUAUGUCAAGAAGAGAGUAAUUUUUGCAUGACCGUUUCAUAUAAGUAGAAUGAAUUAAAAUCAGCGCUAUUAGUGAAAAGUUGUAAUUCUUAUGAUAAAUUUUGCAUUUAUAAACGUCCAAUGAGGUCAAUAAGUGGUUAGGAGAAAAUUUCUUAUUGUGAUACAGUAAUUUACGAAGUUCACCCUGAACACUACAACAAACUGGAGGGGCAUAAGGUGCCUUUGCUAUUGGUUACAGGCGAACAAGGCGCGCGGUUAGCUCCGUCCAGUUCCAGUCCAGAUAUGGAUGAUGGAGGAAAACGACAGGCUACGAGGGUGUUUAAGAAAAGUGCUCCGAACGGAAAAAUCACGGUUUAUUUAGGUAAAAGGGACUUUGUGGAUCACAUAUCACACGUAGAUCCUAUAGAUGGUGUGGUAUUAGUAGAUCCCGAAUACAUCAAAGACAGAAAAGUAUUUGGACAUGUACUUGCUGCUUUUAGGUAUGGUAGAGAAGACCUCGAUGUUUUGGGAUUAACAUUUCGUAAAGAUCUGUACUUAGCUGCCGAACAAAUUUACCCUCAAAUAAACUCAACUCAAAUUAAACGACCUCUUACAAGACUGCAGGAACGAUUAAUUAAAAAAUUGGGAUCAAACGCUUACCCUUUUUAUUUUGAAUUACCCCCACACUGUCCCGCCUCCGUAACACUUCAACCUGCUCCAGGAGACACCGGCAAACCUUGUGGCAUCGAUUAUGAAUUGAAAGCAUUUGUAGGCGAUAGUCAAGAUGAUAAACCUCAUAAGAGAAAUUCCGUUAGGCUUGCCAUACGCAAAAUUAUGUACGCGCCGAAUAAACAAGGAGAACAACCGUCCGUAGAAGUGAGCAAAGAAUUUAUGAUGAGCCCCAAUAAACUAUAUCUAGAAGCAUCCCUCGAUAAAAAAUUAUAUCAUCACGGUGAAAAUAUAGCUGUCAAUGUGCACAUAGCAAAUAAUUCUAAUCGCACAGUUAAAAAGAUUAAAGUUUCCGUUAGACAGUUUGCGGACAUAUGUCUGUUUUCAACAGCUCAAUAUAAAUGCACCGUUGCAGAAAUAGAAAGCGAAGAGGGAUGUCCUAUAGGUCCCGGUUUCACUCUUAGUAAAGUUUUUACGCUUACGCCUUUACUGGCCAAUAAUAAAGACAAAUGGGGCUUAGCCCUCGACGGUCAAUUAAAACACGAAGAUACCAAUCUUGCGUCUAGUACACUUGUAGCUGAUACGUCACAACGAGAAAACUUGGGAAUAAUCGUCCAAUACAAAGUUAAGGUAAAAUUGUGCCUUGGUGCAUUGGGAGGAGACUUAGUGGCUGAAUUACCUUUCAUUUUAAUGCACCCAAAACCCGAAGAAGAAAUAUUACCGCCACCAACACCUUCUAGACGUGCCAGUGAAGAUGUUAGAAAUGACAUACCAGACGAUACAAACUUAAUUCAGUUAGAUACCGACGAUAAUCAUGACGACGAUAUCAUUUUUGAGGAUUUUGCAAGAUUACGAUUAAAAGGGGGAGAGACGGAGGCAUGAAGCAGGGUAGUGACCAAGUCUCGUCCAUUUGUUCCCAUACGUACCGAUGUGUAUAUCACCUGCGAAUAGGUAUAUUGUGAAUCUACAAAUCUAUUUCGAAUUGAUUAUUUGGGAAAUUUUUUUUUUUUUUCGAAUAAUUAUUUAGAAACAUAUUUGUGGAUUCCUGGUACUGGUGCCUAUGUAACCAGUGUGUGUGCCCUAGUCAGCGGCUGUGUUAUAUUUCACAACCAGAUUGCACUUCUUAUAUGGUUAACUUGUUCCCUUCUUUAAUUUUUAUCUAUGUCCUAAUAUAUCAGUAAUUAUUUAUUAAAUUUUAACAAUAAAUUUUAACAUUUCUUCAAUAUUGUUGUUUUUUAUACACUGUCAAUAUUUGAAGCUUAAUAUUUGUAAUUGUCUUCCAUCCGUUGAGUUCGAGGACCGAGUAUAUUGACCAUUGGUUCUAAUUGGCUUACCACAGAUGAACUGCUCACAUCCUGGCCUAGUAUCUAAUUUUUGUUUCAAGUCAAGCUUCUGAACAGUCAGCUGCCAUAUUUGUUGAAUUUAGCUAGAAAAAAUUGAAACAUCUCAAAUAUAUCGGUACGUGACAAGUUCUUAUAUUGGUAAAAUAUGUGGUACAUUUUCUUAAUCACCUUUGAUCCAACAGCAGUCUAGUAUUCUCACCAAGACGAUCACUAAUUCAAAUGUAGUGGUUUUUCGUACUACCCUGUCUCACUAAGAGAUUUCCUGUAAAUAACUCAUCGGUUGAAGGUGAAUUUUCGUCAGUAACCGUCGAAGGUUUGACUGUAUUAUUACAGAUUCGAGUGUUUUUUGUCAGUUCAAUUUCUACAGGUGCCUGUAGCUGUCUACCCGUAUAUUAUGAACCAUAUCUUCCUCGUCCUCAUCUGCAGAGUCUUCAUCAGUCUCAAAUGCUAUUCUCAGUCAUAAACUAUAUCCAAAGCAUUGGACAAAGUUAGACCACCUCUGAAAUAAAACCGCAUAUUCUUUAAACGCCAAGUGAUACCGUUCGGUAUCACUGACAUCUCGAAUUCAUAAAUUUUGAUAAAGUUUGCUUGGCUAUACCCGAUUCUGGCAAAUAUUGAAGGCUUGGAAUUCUUUGUGGCACUUUUAUAACGGUUACAACGCGACGUGGUCGUUUGUAUAUGGCUACGUCGCGUUGUAGAUAUUCUGGAAGAUCCAUAACGCGUUGAUGGCUGUUUUCGGUCGUAACAUAUACACUAAAAGCUGUAGUUCUUUUUAACGCUCCUAAGAUUUUAGGUGUUUGCUUUCUCCAAAUUGAAUUACUGCACCUAAAUCGUUAUAUUGUUUCAAAAGUUCCUCCCUCGUCCUUAUCUGCAUAGUCUCCAUCAGUCUCAAUGCUAUUCUCAGCCAUAAACCAUAUACAAAGCUUCGGACAAAGUUAGACCACCUCUGAAAUAAAACCGCAUAUUCUUUAAACUCCAAGUGAUCCUAUUUUGUAUCACUGACAGCUUGAAUUCAUAAAUUUUGAUACAAUUGGCUUGGUUACAAUGGAUUUUAUUAAAUGCUUGGCAGUUAUGAAAGACCAACACCGCGACGUAGUUGUCUGUGUAUGACCACAUCGCGUUCUGGCUGUUUAAACCAUAUCGAAAGCUUCUGACAAAGUUAAAUUAAACGCCCAGUGAUCGAGUUAAAUCUGUAUCCUAGCACCAAUAUCCUAUCAAAAUAUACUUAAAACCCUAAUGUUUGUGCUACAUAUAUUUAGAAAAAACUUUAUCAGGUGUUUUAGUCGUGGUAUUUUCACAUCCUGGCACAAUACACGAUUUAUAUACCAUUUUCCAGAUUAAUCAAAGUUUAAUAAUAACGUUUAUUUUAGAAUAACCGAGAAAAUUGUUUUACUUUGUAUCGUAUGUCUAGUGUUUACUUUAUACCUAUGACGUCACAUAAUAUGGCGGCCUUACUGAAAUGUUUAAACUAACCACAAAAUUUUAAAAAAAUUUUUUUUCUCAAUAAAUAUUGAUCAAAGAAUUGAAAAAAAUUAUAAUAAAAGUUGUACAUAAACUAUCGAAAACUAUUUUUUUUUCAAACCAUGCAAGUACCCUAUUGUUUAAAAACAUUAUUUUAAGGAAAGAAAAUUUCAGUCUUGUACCACGUGAUAAUAAAAACAUUACAAUACAUUUUUUGUAAGCCUUUGAAUUCGUUAAAUCAUUAAUUAUAUCGUCGUAUUAAAACUUGUUCAUCUACGCGUAAAAAAGCUAAAGCAUUUAGCUUUUCUUGAGUUAAAUUCCAUCGUGAAUAAUUUUUCACUUUUUUCAAGAAAGGAAAACUUCUUCCACCUGAGCAAUUUGUCGAUGGUGUAGAUAGAGCAAUACAAAGUAAUAAAUGAAAGUUUGUAUAAUUUUUUUAUAAAUUCAAUUCUCGCAACAAAAUUUUUGAUUGAUCUAGAUCUUUAUUAACAUUCUUCAAGAUGAAAUAAAGCUUUGAAAGUGUACACAUUUUUGAUCUAAUUGUAUUUCUAAAUCAUUAGAGUAAAAACUCACUCAAUUUUUUAACAAAAUUUGUUACCGUAGGCUAGAACCCACUCUUCAAUUGACAUUCCAUUUAAUAUAUUUAAGUUCUUUUUGUUUGCGGUGGAAUGGGGUACUAUCCU